UCUUAAAACCCUUACUAACAUCAACUCGAUCCUAAUAUUCCAAUUCCAACAAAUGAGCAAAUCUAAUAAGCAAAUUCUCAAUAAUAAUAUCAUUAACAUCUCUAAGGCAAUUCUAAUAUGGUCAAUAGUAAUCUCUAAUAGCCUACUCCAAGUAAGAUUAAUGAAUACAAACUAUAUAAAGAGAAGAAUAAAUAAGAUGUAAUUUUGUAGGUAAUAAUUAAAUAGUUGUCCACGAGUGUUUUAAGCUUGAAUGGAUUUUAUAAAGAGUAAAUGGAAGGAUAUAAUUUUGAUUAUACAAAAUCGGAUCAUCCAACUAUAGCCUUAUUUCAUUUUGCUAUAAGAGGAUUCGCUUUAGCAGUUUAUUUAUUUGGAGGUCUAUUCAUUAGAGAAGCGUAACAAUAUAGAAACUAUAAUAGUUGGACUCUUCCUGAAAUUAUUAUUGUUAUUGGAGCUGUAGAUUUUUGGGUAACUAAAAAUAUCACUGGCAGAUUAUUAGUAGGAUUAAGAUGGUGGGAAGAGAUUGAUGAAGCUUCAGGAGAAUAAAUUUGGGUUUUUGAAACUAGAGUAAAUGAGAAUUAAGUAAGUUAAGUUAAUUCCUUUAUUUUCUGGGCUACAUUAAUACUUGCUAUAUUAGUUUGGGGAUUUUUGGGUGUAGUCAAUGUAAUUGGUCUUCAUAUUCUAAAUGUAAUUAAUAUUGCUAUUCUAAAUUUAGUUAACUGGCAUUUCAUUCUAAUUGACUAUUCAAUUAAUCAAUUUUUAUUUCUAUUUUUAAUGUUCAAGAGGUAUAUUAUUAUUAUUUAAUAAUAUAUUUUAGUUGCUAAAUCAAGAGCAAAAUAAUUAGCAAAAGUAUUAGGAGCUGAAAUUUUAAAUAAAAUGAUGAAUCAAUCAGUAAUUUGGCCGAUGAGAGUACCUAAAUAAAAAGGGAUGUGA